AUGGGAGAUAACGUAAACAAUAAUGAAAACAGAGGUUUCGAAGGAACAAACCCACCAAUUGUCUGUGCAACAAUUAAUGCUGACAAUUUUGAAUUCAAACCUGUGAUGUUUCAGAUGAUCAAUAACAAUGGUCUCUUUGGAGGUAUGUCUAGUGAUGAGCCCUUGUCCCAUCUGCGUUCCUUUAACCAGAUGUGCGAUAAUUUCAAACAAAGAGGCAUGACGUCUGAUGCAUUUAGGCUAAGAUUAUUUCCGUACACACUACAAGGGAAAGCUAGAGACUGGUUUGAGUCUUUGCCUUCUGAUUCCAUCACCACUUGGGAGGAAUUAAGAGAAAAAUUCCUAAAAAGAUUUUUCCCACCCACGCGAAAUGCAAAUCUAAGAAAUGCCAUCACAUCAUUCCGACAAAUGGAUGGUGAAUCGUUAUGGGAAGUGUGGGAGAGAUGGAACAAUUUGCUGAGAAAAUGUCCGACACAUCGACUCCCUGAUGAUGUGAAACUUGAGACAUUUUACCAAGGUUUGGAUGCUCAAACACGCAUGCUAGUAGAUACAUCAGCUGGAGGAGCUUUGCUCACAAAGAGCUAUGAGGAGAGCGUGGAGAUAUUGGAUAGAAUAGCAACCAAUAAUUUCCAGUGGCCCACAGAUAGGGUACAUGCAAGUGGUUCGAAAGGAAGUACACCGGCUGAAGUUCAUCUUGCAGCUCAAAAUGAUGCAUUAGCAGCCGAGUUAGCCACAACCAAGAGCAUGAUGAAGAAUAUGAUGUCAAGUAAUGGGAUGAAAGAGAAGAAGGUUGACUUUUGUGCGGUUUGUCAAGGCGUCCAUGAUUAUAGUGAAUGCCCACAGAAUCCUGAAUAUGUAUUUUUCAUGGGAAGUCAAAAUUUCCCACGACAAAACAAUCCAUACUCUGAAACAUACAAUCCAGGAUGGAGAAAUCAUCCUAAUUUUUCAUGGGGUGGACAACAACAACAAAUGCAUCCUCCGCAAGAGCAGUUUCAGCAAAGGCCUCAAAACCCGCCGGGGUUUUAUCAAAUGCCAAAUCAGCAAGUGAGACCACAAGGAGGUGCAUUCCACCAGGCAUCAGGAAGUAGUUCAAAACCAGCAACGCCUUCAUCAAAUCAAGAGAUGUCACCUUUCAAGAAAGCAAUGAUGGAGUUUAUGAUCUAA